CACCGUCAUUUCCUGCAUCGUGAAGCAAGGCAGCUUGGAAAAUCUUCGACGUGAUUCGAGACAACUACAAUGCAGGCGGUUGCCAUCCUCUUCUCUGCCCUAUUGCUGGCGGCAGCGUGCGCGUCUACGGAACAGAGGGCACAAAAAGCGCUGGAAGGUGAACGGACCCAAGGCAAGUUCCCAAUCAUCUGCGGAAACACCGAGAACUGCAACAUCAUCUGCCAAUCCUUCGGCUUCGGCCCAAACCAUGGAAGCUGUUAUAACAUGCAGUGUACUUGCAGCCCGUGCACGUUUGACGGCCAUUGUAUUGGGUACUGCUGGGCUCAGGGGUACCAUGGGCGUGGAAAGUGCGAUUGGAGGUCACGGUCUUGCAUAUGUCAAUAGAUUUUUGCCCGAGAGGAGCUUUUUGUAGCGUCGACGCAGGUGAAUAUUCCCCCUCCCGGUUAUUUUAUAAAUAAAGAGUUUCUAAGCGAAAA